AAUUCUAUAAAAAAAUUAUUGCGUAGUUGACUAUUGAUUGAGAAGGUUUUGUCGAUUUCUCAGAUUUAGUAAAGUAGACUUUAUCUUUUCAUUGCUUUGAACUUGAAAUAAUAAUCCUAUGUAGAAAAUUAGGUAGAAGCAGGCUUUGAUAGAGUGCGAUAAGUUUUAAAAGUGUUUAAAAUGUGGAGGUCUUUGUUAUUGUUGUUAUUGAACAAUCCAGAAUUACACAUAUGUGGUUUAAAAACUAUGUUUCCAAUGUGCAAUAAAAGAACUAUCCCCGAAAUAAACUAUCAGUGAUACAAGCCAAUUUUUCGGAUCUAUUUCAAGCCGCAUUCCUAUCACCAAUGGCAGCCGUUCUGAGAAGGAAACCUUCACAUCCAUCCCGAAGGCGAAUUGCUGCGGUUUCAUUCUUAUCAAAUAUUUCUCUGGAUGGUACAUACAAAGAUACUAAACUGACGUUGCUGUCCGGAAAUAAUUUUGUUCAGAAGAAAACAGAGCCAUCACAAUGCCCUGAAGAGUUGAUAGCUGAAGAGCAUGACAUCUUCGACAAAUCCCAUAAUAAUUCUGCAAAUUCCCAAGUGAAGAGGUCAGACUUGGACAUAACUAAGAGUCGUUUCAAGAAGGCCAAAAACGCAGACGCUCAUUCUCUCAGCUCAGACUCGGACUGUGUUGUUACUCCUACGAAGUUGGGAGUCGACGAGGGCAACAGAAGUUUACGUGAGAGACCUGAUGGAAAGAGAGAAGGACAUAGUAGGAAGAGAACUACAUCAGGAAAUAGACCUUUAUCUUCGUUUGGAGAUGGGUUAGAUCCUUUCACCUCUUUAGGUAUUGAGAGGAGUGUUGGACAAGAAACUUCCUUUGGAUACCUCUUAGUACCUACGAAGCGCAAUGAAGAUACUCGAGACAAAGAUCACAAUUCCAUUGAUGAUUCUUUUGAAUCAAAUAAUUCCAGUGUUACAAAAGGAAAACGUACUCAAGCCGUUAGGCGUCUCUCCUUUGACCCAGAGUCUGAAACAGUUAGCGUGGCUGGUUCAACACCACCAGAUGAUAGCGUAUUCCCCUCAUCCACCUAUCAACCCAACUGGUUGGAUGAUCCGGAUCUCGUAUCCGAGAAACAUAGAACUCAGCAGAGUUUUUCUUCUUACAUGACAUCGGUCAUCGACAACUUCAAACCUUCUGAUCUCAAGAAGGAGAUCAAUGACAAGUUUAGGGAAAAAUUCCCGCACAUUGAGUUGACCUUGACUAAAUUGAGGAGUUUGAAGAGGGAGAUGAGAAAGAUAGCGAAGAUGGAGAACAAUAUGGAUCUAGUGACGGUCGCUCAAGCUUACGUCUAUUUCGAAAAAUUAGUUUUGAAGGGCGUGAUCAAUAAGCAGAACCGUAAGUUGUGCGCUGGAGCAAGUCUGAUACUGUCGGCCAAGCUGAACGACGUCAAGGGAGACGCGCUGAGGGCUCUGUUGGAACGUACGGAGAAUAUUUUCAGGUUGAAUCGUAAGGAAAUGGUGAUGACUGAAUUCGCCGUAUUGGUCGCUCUAGAAUUUGGUUUGCACAUACCGUACUCUGAGAUUUGCCCGCAUUACCGGAGGUUGCUGCACGAUUCUUGACAUUCAGUUAAAACUAUAUAUUUGAGAAAAUAUUCAACUUGAUCUUCUCUUCUUUCGUUACUAUUAUUCAAAGCAAUAAAAUGGUAGGUGUCUA